GAGGCUGAUGGAGGAGAUGUUGGCAGGAGGUGUGUUUUACCCUGACAUGGAUGUUAGUGGAGAAACGUCACGACUGGCUGUGGCACGAGCUGAGAGCUACAACUUCCUCCCACCAAUGUAUGGUGCUUCCUGGUCUGCUCCUCCCCGGUCUGUGAGGAAAUCUGACCACGGCCCCAAGAUCUCCGGACUUUCUCACCUCAUAUCAAAGAUUAAAUUACACAAAUCUCCACACACCAGAUUAAACCCUGAACCUGCACACAGCAGGGAACCACAAGGACCGACCCUAACGUUUGUGAAACCUGAAUUCAUCUCACAACCUUCAGAGACUUUAUACAGGCUCCAGUGCCCCCAUGCAGGUGUGUUCCAGUGCAGGUUGACAGGUCUGGUCUUUCAGAUGGAGGGAGAGGGGGAGGUGCAUUACAGAACUGUCCAAUGGGAAGAAGGUCAGCUACACUCCACAGGCCAGACCUCUGCAGGACCCCUGUUCAACAUCAUCUGUCCUCAGGGCUCUGUCUGCCAGCUGCACCUCCCACACUGUGAGAUUCCCUCUGGAGAGGGUCUUAAAUCCUUGUCUGUGGCUCAUGUCAGUGGUGAUAACGUGGAGAUUUUGCCUCCCCUGAGGGUGACUGACACACAUGUGGUGGUGAACAUCACAGACCUGUCCCUAUGGGGCCUGGUGAGACGGUUCAUACCCUUCCUCACCAUCAGGGGGCAGGUGCUGGCCUUCCACAAAUUAGUCAACCCCCAGCGUCCCCGUCUGAACCUGAUUGUUCUACCACAGAACGUGCCACUCCAAGAGGUAGAGAGAAUGCAGAGAGAGAGCUCUUACAUAGAUGUGUGUUCAGACUGCACACUCUCUCGUGGGGAAGUCUACAGUCUGUGCUGUGAUGUGGAGGGAUAUAAGAUCCAACCUAAGCGUGUUCAGGUCCACUGGAACUACGGUCCAAACUACCACCCCACCUUCCAGGUGUUUCUGAGCACCGACACAGAGGAGGUGGAGCUGAGGCUUCUGGAGAGAGGGGGAAAAGGAGAGCAGGUGUGGGCAGCAUGUGUUCCACUAACAGGUUCCUCAUCGGCCAGGCAGACUGAGCAUGCUCAGAAGGGGUCUGCAGAGGAGCAACUGCGCUCUACAAGACCGGAGUUUGUGGAGCGAGUGACGAUGCCUGUCCUGGAUGAUCUGCUGGAUGAACUUCUGCAGGAGAGGGUGAUCAACGAUGCUGAGAUGGAGGCAGUGAAGGUGGAGGCAGUGAGGAAGGACAGAGCACGGGCCACCAUCGACAUGGUCCUGAAGAAAGGAUCUCUCUCGUGUUUUGUGAUGAAAACUAUGUUGGCUAAAUAUGACCCUACCUUAUACACAACUCUUGGCUUCCAAUAAAACAUGCUGAGAAAAGUGUCAGACCUCGGAUGAGUGUAUCACACCAGUGUUUCAGCCUAGUAGAGAAUACACUAUGUACAGAUAUAUUAACUUACAAUUUAAAAACAGCUGAAUGAAAUAUGAAUUUGCUGUAUAUUUACAAAUAGUAUAUGUAUCUAUACUGGAACUAUAAUGUUGGCAUCUUUAAAAUAUGUUAUAAGAUUUUCUUAAAAAAAUAAUGUUUUAUAUUGGGUUUUGCUGGGUACGUACAAUAUGUUUUACAAUCAGCACAACAUGGUAAUACCAGACAAAUGUAUGUAAAAACAUAUGGAAGUUAUAAGUAGGUAAAGUAUAUACUUAGAGAUGUAUAAUUGGAUUCAA